GGUCAGCCUGUCACCCUACCCUGCAUGUACUCAGGAGCACUCACGUCCAUGUGUUGGGGCCGAGGGUCUUGCCCUCUUCGUCGUUGCAUGGAUGAAAUUGUCAGGACUAAUGGAUCCCAUGUCACCUUUCAGAAAAAGGACUACCAUUAUAAGCUAAAGGGAUCCCUUUCGGCAAGGGAUGUGUCUUUGACUAUAGAGAACGCAGUCAAGACAGACAGUGGCCUGUACUGUUGUCGUAUUCAGCACAGCGGAUGGUUUAAUGAUCAGAAAUACAUCAUAUCAUUGGAGAUUAAAGGAGAGCACAAAGGUAUGACGACCCAGCCACCGGUGGAUGUUUGUAUGAGUGAGGAUACAGCCCAGACUUGGAUACAGUUGAAAAAUACAUGGAAAAAUGGGACCAAAAAGGACAUUGCAAAAGUGGCUACCCAACUAAUUCAGGAGGUGGAAUUAAGUAUAUGGAAUCAGACUUUCGUUUCUCCAGGAAAGCAUGAGGAUCCUGUGCUUGAUAUAGUCUAUGAAACCAAGAGGUGCAAUAAGCCAAGCAAGGAAACAAUUUUGGAAGCUGGAAAUAACACAAUGGAUAUUGACUGUGCCCAUGCUUUCACAGAAACCACAACAGAUCAGAGUGCUGUUGCAUUGAUCACCUAUCAUGCUCUUGGGGAUAUUCUCAAUGAAACCUAUUUUAGUGACAGAAAAGGACUGCAAGAAGUGAAACUGAACUCUCGUGUUGUGAGUGGCACCAUUGGCUCGAAGGAAAAAAUUGCCCUGUCCAAACCUGUCCUCCUGACCUUUAAACAUACUCAGCCUGCUGGUGAAAGAACAAAACAAUUCUGUGUCUACUGGGAAGGAUCGAAGGAGGGGGGCAGCUGGUCAAGGGAAGGCUGCUCUCGUAUCAGAAGCAACAACUCUCACACCAUAUGCCAGUGCUUCCAUCUGUCCAGCUUUGCUGUCCUCAUGGCUCUUAUGCCCAAGGCAGAUCCGGUGCUGACUGUGAUUACCUAUGUGGGGCUGAGCCUCUCUCUGCUGUGCCUCUUCCUGGCAGCCCUCACCUUCCUCCUGUGCCGUCCCAUCCAGAACACCAGCACCUCACUCCACCUGCAGCUCUCACUCUGCCUCUUCUUGGCCCAUCUGUUCUUCCUCAUGGGGAUUGAUAAAACUGAGUCUGAGGUGCUGUGCUCCAUCAUUGCUGGGGCCCUGCACUACCUCUACCUGGCUUCCUUCACCUGGAUGUUCCUGGAAGGCCUGUACCUCUUCCUCACCGUCAGGAACCUCAAGGUGGCCAACUACUCCAGCGCAGACAGAUUCAAGAAGAAGUUUACGUACCCUUUUGGCUAUGGGAUCCCAGCUGUGAUCGUGGCUGUGUCUGCAGGUGUUGGACACAAAAAUUAUGGAACAAAUACUCAUUGCUGGCUGAAGCUUGAUAAAGGCUUUAUCUGGAGCUUCUUGGGACCAGUGGCCAUCAUUAUCUUGAUAAACUUGGUGUUCUACUUCCUAAUUCUGUGGAUUUUGAAAAGCAAACUUUCUUCCCUCAAUAAGGAGGUUUCCACCAUUCGGGAUACCAGAGUCAUGACAUUUAAAGCCAUUGCUCAGCUAUUUAUCCUGGGCUGUUCUUGGGGCCUUGGUUUUUUUAUGGUUGAAGCAGUAGGGAAGACGGCUGGAUUAGUCAUUGCCUACAUAUUCACCAUCAUCAAUGUCCUGCAGGGAGUUUUGCUCUUCACGGUGUACUGUGUCCUUAGUCGCCAGGUUCGAAUGGAAUACAAGAAAUGGUUUAGUGGAAAGUGGAAAGGAGUUGAAGUGGAAAGCACUGAGAAGUCUCGGUCUACUACCCACACCAAAAUGGAGGAACGGGAACUCAUCAAAGGUUGUACACAAGAGAGACACCAAAGACACCACUUACACUCAUCCACAACCGCCAGCUCAUCUUGCUGGCUAAAGAAUCUGCUCAUCGAUGGCGCCCCUUGUGGUCCUGCGUGGAUUGUGCAAACGCCACAAUGUGCACCUUUUCCCUGUGAAGUCUUGACUCCUUCCCUUAUUUUGGCCUCUAGCUCCCUAGAAAGAAUGGGAUACAUGGAGAGUUCCUAG